AUGUUCUUAUUUUUUUUUUUUUUUAUGUAUUUUUUAGGCCUAAACUCUAUUUUUAGAGUAAGUGACACAAGCUCUAAAAGUAUUAGAGGGCGCGAGCUCGAAAUAAUAUUAUACGAUAAGAGUCCAGCUAGACCUUACCUAUUUGUUAGUAGUUCAUCUUUACAGUCUAGUAUUAUUCCUAAAAUUUACCUUCCUAAAUUUUUUAGAAUUUUUGUUAAAAGGUUAAUAUUUAUGUUACUAAUUCUACCUUUAAUUAUAAUAUCCAAAGCUAUAUAUUUUUGUUGACGCACAGAUACAUGAACUCAUAUAUAA